GUGCCAUGUGGUAUCCUAUGUGAUCCAAAGACGAUUCCCACGCUCAUAUUGCGACCUCGGGGCAUCUGGAAAACGAAACCGUCCGAGCAAAUCCGACUGGAAACUUCAACUACUGGUAUCCAUCGGACUGUAUAACCUGACUCGGACGUUUUGCCCAAUUGUAAUGUACUGGCGGCAGCCCGUUGGGAAAGGAUAGCUCCUGCACAAGUACGAAUACCUACUGCAGAAGUCGGCAAAUAGACAAGCGAGAAGUCCAAGAAAGUUUAAGAGACAAACGGACGGACCGCCCGGUGAUGUCGGCCGCGUCGUCUUCUUCGUCCCGCAACGCCAUCCGCCGUCUUCUAAAGGAGCUCGAGACGUGGAACAAUGUCGAGUCGGCCGGCGAGGAGGGUAUCGAGCGGCUCGGGCCCGUCAGCGAGGAUCAACUGCUCAACUGGGAGGCCGUGAUCAACGGCCGAGGGGUCGGGCAUGGCUAUGACCACGGCCGCUGGCUCCUGCGCAUCACGGUGCCCCCGACCUACCCGCUCCAACCGCCCCAGAUCGCCUUUGCCACCCCAAUCGUCCACCCAAACGUCCACCUGCAGACAGGCGAGAUAUGCCUGGACCUGCUCAAGGACGCGUGGUCGCCCGUGUACAGCGUGCUCGAGUGCGUGCGCGCGAUCCGGGUGCUGCUCGCCACGCCCGGGCUGGAGUCACCGUUCAACGUGGAUGUCGCGGCGCUCCUGCAGAAGGGGGACGUGCUUGGGGCGAGGGGGUUGGUUGAGUUGUGGGUCGAUGAGAAAAGGUAUGAGGGGAAGUGAUAAUCUAUUUCAGGGUGAUGCUCACUCAUCCUCGAAGAAAAAUGUGGAUGAGUCAUAAAUUAAGACCGUGGUUUUCCUUUCGUCGGCUUGAGCCCUGGUGGUUGCCCGGCGAGGUAUUUCGUCCAUAAGCAGGUAUUUAAUCUUCUAAGGGACAAAGACUGGGACGUUUCGGAGUGACUGGCGCAAUCUCACGGUGGAACUCAAGGGUAAAAGUUACAGCAGGACAUCAACAGCAUCGUUCCUAUAGACUCGUGCAGCAGCAUAAUAAUGAGCGCCGCAUCCAACCCUCGUAU